AGAACAGAACAAAAUCACAAAAAACAGAAUAGAGAAAACCUUGUUGAUUGGGGAAAAUAAAAUAAAAUGAAUGGUGAGUGAAAGAAAGAAAGAAAGAGAGCGAGUGAGAUAGAUCAGAAGAUAUAUAAAACAAUACACAAUGGAGGUUAAAGCUAGAGCUCCUGGGAAGAUUAUCUUGGCCGGUGAACAUGCUGUGGUUCAUGGAUCCACCGCUGUUGCUUCUUCUAUUGAUUUGUUCACCUACGUUUCUCUUCGCUUCUCUACUCCUUCCGAUAAUGAAGAUUCAUUGAAACUCCAGCUUAAGGAUAUGGCAUUAGAAUUCUCAUGGCCAAUCAGUAGAAUAAGAGAAGCUUUUCCUGAAUCUGCUGUUCCGUUAUCUUCAACGCCUACCUCAUGCUCUGUGGAGUCUGCCAAGUCAAUUGCAGCUCUAGUUGAAGAACUAAAUAUACCAGAGGCCAAUAUUGGACUUGCCUCUGGUGUUUCUGCGUUUCUAUGGCUAUACACAUCUGUUCAAGGAUUUAAGCCUGCUACUGUGGUGGUCUCUUCUGAACUUCCUUUGGGUUCAGGGUUGGGUUCAUCAGCAGCAUUCUGUGUGGCACUGGCGGCUGUCCUGCUUGCUUUCACUGAUUCUGUUUCUGUGGAUGUGAACCACCAAGGAUGGUUGUCUUUUGGGGAGAAGGAACUUGAUUUGUUAAAUAAAUGGGCUUUUGAAGGUGAGAAGAUCAUUCAUGGAAAGCCGUCUGGAAUUGACAACACAGUAAGCACAUAUGGCAACGUUAUCAGCUUCAAGUCUGGUAGCUUGACACAUAUGAAGUCGAAUGUGUCGAUUAAAAUGCUCAUUACUAACACCAAAGUAGGGAGAAACACAAAAGCAUUGGUGUCUGGUGUUUCGGAGAGAAUGCUAAGGCACCGGGAUGCAAUGGCUUUUGUUUUUAGUGCUGUUGAUUCUAUCAGCCAGGAAUUGACUACCAUUCUCAAGUCUCCCACACCAGAUGAUGAUCUCUCUGUAACUGAGAAAGAAGAGAAGAUAGAAGAGCUAAUGGAAAUGAAUCAAGGUCUGCUCCAGUGUAUGGGAGUCAGUCAUGCCGCAAUAGAAACUGUUCUUCGAACAACAUUGAAGUACAAGUUAGCUUCCAAAUUGACAGGAGCCGGUGGCGGGGGCUGUGUUCUGACGCUGCUUCCAACCUUGCUAUCAGGCACCGUUGUUGACAAAGUAAUUGCUGAACUGGAGUCAUGCGGGUUCCAAUGUUUCAUUGCCGGAAUUGGCGGGAAAGGUGUUGAAAUUAGCUUUGGGGUGUCAUCUUGAUUUUCUCUGUUUUAUUUUUCCAAAGAGCGACAUCAAUGAUCAAGGGAUCUGAUCCUCAAAUAAAUAGCAUCUUGUGCAUCAAUCUGUAACGUUUUCUUUUCUAUUUUUGAAUUAAUUUUAGACUUCUGUUGAAUCCUCAACGGAAAUUGGAGAAUAUGAUUUGGGUACAGAACAUGGUUGUCAAUGGGACUUGUGGACUGGCGUAUCCAAGACUAUAUCAUAUGUAAGUUACCAAGUGGUUUUGUACUACAGGAGCAGUUUUAUGUAAUCUGUAGUGCAUACACUUGUUCAUGGUUAAGAAGAUAUCAUCUGUAUGUUACCAAGUGUUUUGUACUACGGGAGCAAUUUUAUGUAAUUUGUAAUACAUACACUUGU